UACCACUGAUACCAGCAGUCUGAAGAAGAGCUCCACCAGAAACGCCACCUAUUCCUUCUCUCCAGAGAUGCUGCCUGACCCGCUGAGUUACUCCAGCUUUUUAUGUGUAUAUCCACUUGGACUCCUGCCAUGAGUGAAAUAACAAGGUCUGUUGUUCCUCAGCUGACUCUGACACGGCCCACAGUCAGAGGCGAGGAGCUGGACAGGUUAUUUUUGUCCAGCCUGUCAUCAGCAUGUCUCACAUUCCAGGAGAGGUCCCUCUCUCACUCUCUCCCCGUCCUUCCACAGCUCGGGGAUACUGUGGUGACUACUGAUCUGGGCGGUAGUAGUUCCUUAUUCCAGGGCUGGGAAACAAAGAUGGCCGCUGCUCAAGACACCAACAGUGAGCAGGUUGUACCAGGAGAUGGCGGUGAAAACAAUGUCCUCUCGGUGCAGGCUCGGUAUCUCCGUAGCCCUUCACCCAGCAGAUUUUCGAUGAUCUCGGAUGCGGAUACGGAGAGCAUCUUCAUGGAACCCAUACAUCUCUCCUCUGCAAUUGCUGCAACCAAGAUUAUUAACGAAGAACUGAAACCCAGAGAAAUAAAAUUUGAGCCCAUGUCGCCCAAGCUGCUGGAGUCAGCAGAGCAGCUACUUGUGGAAGACCUGUACAACCGUGUGAAGGUGAAGAUUGACAACAGCGGCAGAUUCCACACGCCCUGUAUUAUGGACAUCCAGCACGCUCUGAUGCAGAAGAUGGAGGCUCCCAUGGAGCUGAUCGAUGAGGUCUGGCCUAAUGUCUACAUAGCUGAGAAGAGUGUGGCUGUAAACAACGGUCGGUUGAAGCGACUGGGCAUCACGCACAUCCUCAACGCUGCCCACGGCACCGGGGUCUACACCUCCAAGGCUUUCUACACCGGAAUGGAUAUCGAGUACCUCGGAAUCGAGGCUGAUGACUUCCCUGACUUUGACCUGUCCAAGUAUUUCCGUAAAGCUGCAGAGUUCAUGGACGAAGCCCUGUUGACGUGUAGAGGCAAGGUGGUGGUGUGCAGUGUGAUGGGCACCAGCCGUCCCGCUGCCCUGGUGGCUGCCUACCUCAUGAUCUUCCACCACAAGACCAUCCUGGACGCCCUGAUGACCGUGAGGAGGAAGCGGCCCGUCUACCCGAACGAGGGCUUCAUCCAGCAGCUGAGGCAGCUGAACGAGAAGCUGCUGGAGGAGCGGAGCGGCUGUGAGGAGGAGGAGGAGGAGGAGGAGGAGGAGGAGGAUUUAGAGGCGCUGAGCCAGUGCUCGGUGGUCGAGGCUAGGUGGGCCGGGGAGGAGGCAGCGAGUGUGUUGGGGGCCGAGGUGCACUCCAUCGUGGUGGAGGAGCAGGAGGACGUGGCCAGUCUGGUGCCCUCUCUGGCCCGGAGCAGGGACACGCUGAUCGACCCAGAGGCGGAGGAGCCGGUGGAGGAGGAGCGGAGGUCGCAGCGAGGGUUGGCGUGGGCAGAAGCUGCCGCCGGACGAGGCGAGGGUAGAGCCGGACCUCCAGAGGGCGAGCAGAGUGCGGACGGGCGGAUCAGAGAAUGGCAGAGGAAGAACGAGAGGUUCCUGGUGGAGCAGGACCAGGGCGGAGAAGGUGAGGGCUGUGUGGAUGCAGGGAGUGGGCCGUUCGCUGCCGGCGACCCCGACGGCUCAGACAGCGUGGACAGCGAGCUGCUCCAGCGGCGUUUGCAAGACUACUUGCAGGAGAUGCCUCAACAGCGAGCGCGGCGAGACUCCCUUUCCACCGCCGCCAGCACCUGGGACUCGUGGGACGAGCGUCUGCUGGAGAUCAGCCAGAGGGCAGCCAGAGGGGAUGACACCAGCAGCCUGGCCUCCCUCAGCAGAGUCCACCGCACCCGAGAGGCCGACGUGGCCUCCGACACCAGCUCCUUGUUCAACUUCUGCCAGAACAACAAGGACAAGCUGACGGCCCUGGAGAGGUGGCGGGUGAAGCGGAUCCAGUUCGGGUGGAACAAGCGAGGGGAGGAGGAGAAGGAGGAGGUGAGUGAGGAGGGGGUGGAGAGGAAGUCCCUGGCUGGUGUCGACCUCACCGCCUACCAGAGCUGGAAGCUGAAGCGGCAGAAGAUGCUGGGCAGCGAGAACAAGGCGGAGGUGGUGGACCUGGCCAAGGUGGACUCGGACACCACGUCCAGGAGGAGCCAGCAGAGACGGGCCGAGCUACUGGAGCGCUCCAAGCGCACACUACAGGAGAGCCGGUCCCUGUUGGAGGGCGAGGGGGGCAGCACCAUCAGCGGCAGCAUCCCCCUCUCGUUCCUCUGCUCCAACAUGCCCAACGGAGGCACGGCCGAUGACAGCGUCUCCAUGCUAAGCCUGGGCUCUUCAAUGUCCAGGGCCAGGUCUGUGUCCAUACCACCACCGCCACUAGACAACAACCCUGACCCAAGUGUCUCGCUCGCCAGCAUCCAGGACUGGAUAGCCACGGUGGUGAGGGAGCAGAUCGCCAUCAGUCAGGGUGAUGUAGACACAAGCGGCCAGACCCAGACCCAGACCCAGACCCAGAGCGCUGGGGGGAAGGGCGGGCAGGAAGCCAACCUGUCGCAUCUCAGCCUGCGGAGCGCUGCGUCUCCCCGGGGUUGCCUGGACACCCAGUCCCACCUCUCCUCCGCCAGUGUGGCCAGCUUCAGGUCCGAGCGGGUCACCACCACAAGCAAGCCCCUCUACAGCUUGUUCGCCGACCAAGUCAACCUCCAAAAGCUCAGCUGCAAGGAGCAAGAGCUGAGGAGCGAGAUGAAGGGCCGAAUGGACGCCUACACCAAGGAGAAGGUGGCCGUGGACAACAAACGCAGCACCCUGUUCAAGAAGAAGAGGAAAGACCAGAUGGAAGACGAGGGGGGGUCCAGAUCCGGGUUCUCUCCCAGCCUGGGGGCAGAUAGGUUUGAGGUCGUGUCUCAUGUAUCUGGAGGUCUCCCGUACCCAGGUCCAAGUGUUCCUGAUCCAGCCCCCGGUAUCCACAAGUGGCUACGUGAGGUCAAGGACUCGUCCGUCAGCAGCACAAGACGUGACCCCAUUACCAGAAGGGAAACCAUUGGAACUCCCUAUGAUGCGAGCAGAGAGACAACAACAUCGUUCCCAUUGAACAGGGCAGAUGGGUCAGAUUUGUAUCUUCCACUAGAUGGGUUAAAGUCAACACCCAGAGGCUCCGGAGAGUACACAUCGCGGCAAUCUGCCUCUUCCUAUGGAUCCAAGGACCUUGGUGAUGAGAGCGCACUGAGAUACUCCAGCCCUUCAUCUGAGCGUGAGCACCCUGCUUUCUGUGGACCAUUGGGUGGUGGCAGAGGGCCGUGUUCGGGAAGGUCCCUUGCUGAGGUGCAGCCCCCGUUGGAUGAGGCGGUGAGCCGAGCCAGGACAUCCCAGUGGCACAGCUCGGAGACGGAAGCCAGCGAUGAGACGCACGCCAAGAGAACGUUUCAGCAGAGCUUUGCGCCCGGGGAGGGUCAGACUGGUGGGCAAGGUAAUGACGGGGAGAAUCCCACCGCAAAGAGAGGGUUGAAGGCUGCUGCUUCAUCAGGCCACAGUGACGAUGAAGAUGACAAGGUCAUUGCUGCCUGGAGGAGUCAUCAACAAAGUCGAGGCAAAGAUAGAAAGCAAACUCCAAGUGAAUAACACAGCAUCACUGAUAGAAGACAAGAUGGCAGGGCAGGCCAAGAUGGGAGUGUGGAGAAAUCUAUACUUC